AAAGUAGCCCAGACUGAUACCAUGUCUUUGUCUGUGUGUCCUGUCCUUCAGGAGUUGAUUCCACUCAUCUUGUGUACUGCCUGCCUUCACCCAGAACCUAAAGAGAGAGACCAGCUCCUUCACAUACUGUUUAACCUGAUCAAGAGGCCAGACGAUGAGCAGAGGGUGCAGAUGAUCUUGACAGGGUGUGUUGCGUUUGCGAGGCACGUCGGUCCAACAGUGGUUGAGGCUGAACUGCUUCCUCAGUGCUGGGAACAGAUUAACCACAAAUAUCCAGAGAGAAGACUGUUGGUGGCGGAGUCCUGUGGAGCAUUAGCACCUUACCUACCUAAGGAGAUCCGUAGCUCGUUGGUGCUGUCCAUGUUGCAGCAGAUGCUCGCUGAGGAUAAAGCCGACAUGGUCAGGGAGGCUGUGGUCAAGAGUCUGGGUAUUAAUGGGUACAUGGAUGACCCAGACAAAUACCUCCAGGGUUUUGAGCUGAUGCUGUUGUCACUGGGGGACCCGUCGGAGCGGGUGGUCAGCGCAGUCCACCAAGUCUUUAUCCCUGCCUUUGCUGCCUGGACCACCGAGUUGGGCAACCUGCACAUUUCACUCAUCCCUUCUUUGCUGGCACGUAUAGAAAAUUGCUCACUGUAACAUGGCGAACACAGUCUGGAUGAGCACAAAUUGCACAUCUUCCUGUCGGCCUUACAGUCGCUGAUCCCACCUCUGUUUGCUGUAGUCCUGCUGAAUGCACCAUUCACCAGCCGAGCCAAACUCCACGGAGACACGCCUGCAAUAGAAGUCACCCGGUUCCCCCGACCAGCCUCUCCCCUCCAGGACGUAGCAACAAUCAUCGGCAGCAGGCAGAUGGUGAGCGCCCUGCUGCUGCUCUACGAGCACCAGUUGGAGCACGAAGGAACCACGGGCUGGGACAGCCUCCUCUGGGUGGUCAAUCAGCUCCUUCCUCAGCUUAUAGAAAUUGUGGGUCGCAUCAACGUGACCUCAUCCACUUGUGUCCAUGAGUUCUCUCGCUUCUUCUGGAGGUUCUGCAGAACCUUCGGCAAGAUCUUCACCAACACUAAGGUUAAACCACAGUUCCAAGAGAUCCUCCGACUUUCUGAGGAGAACGUGGACGCUACAACAGGAAACGGCAUUCUCACCAAAGCCACUGUCCCCAUCUAUGCCACAGGCGUGCUGACGUGUUAUAACCAGGAGGAGGAUCGGAAAUUGUUGGUGGGUUUCCUCGAGGAUGUAAUGACAACGUUGUCACUGUCCCAUGCACCUCUGGACAGCCUAAAGGCCUCCUUUGUGGAACUGGGUGCCAACCCGGUGUACCAUGAACUCUUGCUGACAGUUCUGUGGUACGGGGUCGUCCAUACCUCAGCAUUGGUCCGGUGUACUGCAGCGAGAAUGUUUGAGCUGCUGGUGAAGGGGGUGAAUGAGACGCUGGUAGCUCAGAGAGUGGUGCCGGCUCUCAUCACACUGUCCUCCGACCCCGAAAUCUCCGUGAGGAUAUCCACUAUUCCGGCCUUCGGUACCAUCAUGGAGACUGUCACGCAAAAAGAGCUGCAGGAGCGUGUAAAAAUGCAGUUGGCAUCGUUCCUGGAAGACCCUCAGUACCAGGAUCAGCACUCUUUGCAUAUGGAGAUCAUCAGGACGUUCGGGAGGGUCGGACCCAACGCAGAGCCGCGCUUCAGAGACGAGUUUGUGCUGCCACACCUUCAUAAGCUAGCACUGGCUAACAACAGCCAGGCAGUGGACAACAAGAGGAUUGACAUUGCCACCCAGCUGUUCGAGGCCUACAGCGCCCUCUCCUGCUGCUUUAUCUCUGAGGAGGUGAUGGUGAACCACUUCCUGCCCGGCCUCAGGUGCCUCCGUGCUGACAUGGAGCAGCUUUCUCCUGAGCAUGAGGUGAUUCUGAGCUCGAUGAUCAAAGAGUGUGAGAUAAAAGUGGAAAACAGAGGAAUUGCCGAUGCUCAAGGGUCCAUGUCCAUUGCAUCCAGUUUGGUGGGUGAAGAUGCCAAGACCAAGUUUUUGAGUAAGAUGGGUCAGCUAACCACCUCCGGCGCCAUGCUCGCCAACGUCUUCCAGAGGAAGAAGUGAUUGCAACAUUCACCGUAGCAACGACACUCUGUUUCGGAACAUUUCAUUUGGGAGAAAACUAUAAGGUUUGGUGACUAUAAGUAACGAAGGUCCACUGAACACGGUUUUAUCUCCAAAAAUAUCCACUGUGGCUGGCCUUGGAAAACGUUUUUCCGUCUGCUCGUUUUCUCUGUAAUCGUCAUUUAUGACAAAAGCCUCAUCGAGGCGUCGGGAUCCAUUUCUUUAGCGUUGUCAUUUCAGAAAGCUCUGAGGAAGAACAGAAACUGACCAGUAUUUAGUUUCACUGAAAGUCAUGGAGGUUUUUUUUUUUUUCUGGAGAUUUCUGAAAGUAUUGCAGAAUAAUGUUUUCCGUGCAGUAUUUGUUAUUCCAGAAGAUUUUCAUCAUCAGACAAACAGAGCGCGACUUGUCAUUUACAAAUUCAUGUUGACGUUGUUUGGGAGUCCACCACUGCAUUUAUAUAGAUUUGCGCUCUGUGUGUUGAGAACACCUCUGUUGAGCGAGCUCCUACAACUCGGAAAGUAUCGCCUACUUGAAGUUCCAAGAAAUUUUUUUCCCCUUUAUUUUCCCCCUGGUUUUUUGUUUCUUUGAUAGCUUCUAUUUUAUAAUUUAUUUAUGUCUUAAAGAAGAAAAGCGCAUACUUUAUUUCAAUUUCCAAAGAAAUUUGCACUUGUUACUAUUUUGUUAUAUAUAUAUAUAUUUGUUUUAAUUUUUGACUGUUCUACAUAACAAACAUUAUCGCUACCGUUAAUGGACUUUUUCUUUAUCCGUUGUGGAAAUGUGAAACUGAUCAGAACUGUCGUCUCUGUGUUGCCGUGUCUCAUGUUUUUCUAACGUGGCUGUUUGGAUUUGUUUUAUUUUUGGUUUUGCUCCAACAGAAAUCGUAAAUAACUGUAUUAUACACUGAACUAAAGCUGAAGGUACUGGUCUAUAUUUGGAAUUGGUGUCAUGAUGUAAUAAAAGAUUGAAAUCGA